GCACAAAAAAAAUAAUGAUAUUGAGUGAAUUUCAUUGUGUAUUCACGUCUAACUGAUUUAUUUUGAAAAUCUGUAACCGGAAGUAGUACUCUUCUUCGUGCUUAAUUGAGAAGCUGCAGCUCGGACGCUCAGCAGCAGUCAACAAGCUGAAGACGUUGUACAGUUUUAGCUACUGGUGAGGACACAGAGCAUCACGACAGCUUCUCCGCAGUUAACCUUCCACUGCUCAGGAUGCUGCUUGGGAACAGAAAAUAAUGGAAACACCGUAUAACAGAGGACUCUGGAGCACCUGAGCAGCAGUGACAGAGGCUGCUGCUCACCUUUCAUUUGGGAUUGUCUGUCGGCUCCAAAAGAGAUAACGAACACCUGAGCGGAGGUGUUCAAAGCAGCAUGAGUGACUUAACAGAGUUUGAAAGAUGCCAGAUAGUUGCUGCACGCCUGUCAGGUGCAUCUGUCACAAAAACUGCACAGCUGUUCAACGUGGCGAGGGGAACGGUCUCCAGAGUCAUGACUGUGUACAUCAAGCAUGGACGAACGGCAUCAGCCAAGAAGAACAGCGGGCGCAAGUCCAAGCUGACCGAGAAGGACAGACAGACACUUCUGAGGAUAGUUGAUGAACAUCCCGAGUACACAGCCUCUAAAAUAACCACGGAGUUGAACAGACACCUCUCUCACACCGUCUCGGUAAAGACUAUACGGCGUGAGCUUCACAAAGCUGGUAUUUUUAGAGGAGGAGCCAGUCGGAAACCAGAGACAGAAACUGAUACGCAGAAGCCAGACGGAAACAACACUGAAUCUGAGAAAGAGUGUGAAGCACAAAACUGUGAAGAGCACGCAAGACCUGAAGUGCAAACGAGUGCCAAAGAGAGUUGGACAAAAAGGCCUGUGGGAGACAACACAGCAUCUGAACCUCAGGCUUGUGUCCAACAAGGAUACAACACAGGACAGUCAGGAGAGACAAUACAAUCCGAACCUCAAGUCGGUGAAGAACGGUAUAACACACACAGGUCUGGUGAAGAGGAGACAAUACUCGAAUCCCAGACGAGUGAAAAACAUCACAGCUUACAAAAGUAUCACAACGACAUUAAAGAACCUGAAUUUCAGACUAAUUAAACGGACUGAUAUUGUCUUUUGUGUUGUAUUUCAGCCUUUCUAAUACAUCCAGAUGGGUCAUGUUAAGAGAAACCACAGAUUGCCUUCACCCCUUAAUGUCACCUCGCUGUGUUAUUUAUUUUGUAUGACAGCAGCGACAUGUAACAUUCAGUCUAUUUCGUUUUUCUUGGUUUAAAAGCAGACUUUCUAUCUACAUGUUUGAGAAUUAAUCUAAAUGGAUAAAAGCAUCCAUGCUGAAGAAAUGUAAUAGUAUGUUGUGAUGUGAAAUUAUCAGUUCACUACACAUAGUGGAUUUCAAAAUUCACAGUUUGCUUUCAUUUCUCGACCGAUGCCAGGCUGCAGUUAUGUGAGCGAUUGUGCACCAUAUCUGAUUGUUUGUGUUGUACUGUAAAGCAUGGCCUUUUUGAGUUUGUACGUAUCAAUAAAAAACUGGAUUGUGUGAAACGAA